AUGUCAUCUUCUCCAUGCCUUCUACUCCUUCUAGCCGUCACCAUGGCGUCCGCCUACUAUUUCAUUGCUCCACCAACCUCUCCAGUGGAAAUUGUGAAGCAUCACAUGAAGUAUGUCGUGGAAGCAGGCGACGCUGAGAACGCGACGACGUUCCUCCAACUCAUCGAGUUCAUCAACCCGGCUAAAACCAACGUAACACUUGCCAUGGCGGUGUUCUCCAGCUACGAGUACUUCCCCAUCACGGCGGAGUUCUUUAAUCACGGACACGUGUACACUCGGGUCGAUAUGAAGAAGCCGGAGAGGGAGAUGUAUAUGUACUUCAUGUUGAGACCAACCACCUCCAGCCCAAGUGGAUGGACCAUUUAUAAUGUUACAUAA